GGUUUAUAUGACAUUACAGGUGAUAUGACGGAUAUGAUAAAAGCGACCGGCAACGUCAGAUUUCUGAUGGCUCGGAUGCAAGUACAUACGUUGGAUGUAAAUAUGCAGCUGUUAACUUCAAUUCUUUUCGGUCUUCUGCUCGUGCCAGCGUUGGUGGUAAUAGAAGCAGCCAGUCAUUGCAGUCGAUAUUACUUGGAGGGAAGCAAUGAGGCACUGAAAUUCCAGGAGGACAAAGUGUUUAAAUACUAUUACCUGCUUGAUCCGCAAUCCACGGGUGAUCCUAGUCGUCCUUCCUACAAAAGAGAGUUUUUAUACAGGGAUAUAUUUGUGUUCUUUUUGGAGGGCAAAGGACAGUGGCUAGUUGGUAAAACUCUUGGGGGAAAUAAUGCUGGAAUUUAUGUGACUGACACAGCGCAGGAACCCCAUUUGGUGACCAAUACUUGGAAGUAUUACAAUGGCACGGAUUUUGUUAAAGAUCCUUCUUUGAAAUUCACAUGUGUUGCAGAAUCUAGUACAACGUCAAACGCACCGCGACGAGACACUUCAACCACAACCAGUGUUCCGCAACCUCAAACUGUGGUGCCGGCAUCGAACCAGAGCAGACAAAAUUCCACAAGCAAUGGGACUGUAAGGGAGUUGGAAGAGAAAAUCGCGGCAAUGCGAACAGCUACAAUAGCAGCUGCUGUAAUCCCUUCUGUUCUUUUAAUCAUCGUUUGUGCCGUUGUGGGAUUGUGCUACUGGCGUAUCCUAGCUGAAUUGAAGCAUCCUCAUAUAGUGUCAUAUCAUGAUUCCUUCUUUGAUGAGAAAGAAGAAUAUCUCUAUAUUGUUCAGGAUUACUGUGAUGGAGGAACUCUAGAUGACAAGAUUAAAGCUGCUGCUGUGACACAGUCCUUCUUCCCUGAAAAAGAUAUCAUGCAUUGGUUUAUUCAGAUUGCAAUGGCUGUUCAACAUAUGCAUUCCAAGAAGAUUUUACACAGAGAUUUGAAAAGUCAGAAUGUUUUUCUCACCAAGAAGGGUGUUGUUAAAUUAGGUGACUUUGGCAUAUCAAAAAUGAUGGACAACACAUUAGACAUGGCCAUGACUUGUGUUGGUACUCCAUGUUACCUUAGUCCAGAACUAUGUCAAGACAUUCCAUACAGCUCAAAGUCAGAUAUCUGGGCCUUGGGAUGCCUUCUCUAUGAAAUGUGUGCCUUAGCUCCAGCCUUUGAUGCAUACAAUCUGGUCAGCCUGUUCUAUAAGAUAGUCAGAGGAGAGUAUGCAGAUGUUCCUGAUAUUUAUUCUGAUGCUUUCAAAGAUCUGGUAAAAACCAUUUUAAACAAGUCCCCAGAGGAAAGACCAAGUGCUAGUGCAAUAUUGAAUCUACAUUUUGUGAAAGAGCAUUUAUCUGAGUUUAUAGAAGAGAAGGAGUAUCUUCUGCAGCAGAAAAUCAUCAAAGAUACAUCCUUGCAAUUUUCUAAAGGUGCUUCAAGUCGACCAAAAAGCUCCCCAUUGAACCGCAGCCUCUCAGUAGAACCCACCCCAGCCAAAGAAGGCCCGCGUCUGAGAAGGCAGAGGCCAAGUACAGCUCACCCAGACACAACCAAUUCUUCUUCCUGUGACAGCAGUUAUGUCAAGAGCAGUGGAGACAGUAAUGAUUUUUCUGUAGAUGUGCUUUCAGAUGUUAAUAAAGACAGUGAAAUUGUGGAAGAAGUACUGCCAGAUGUGAAAACAAGUAAUGAGGGAGAGGAGUCAGACUACUCAGAUGAUUUUGAUGAAGAGGCAGUGAAUUCAGCUUCAGAUGUAGAAGAAGCUUACAAGCAGAUUCUAAGUAACAUGGAUGAAAUUCCUGAGGAACUGCCAGAAGUUGAAGAUAGUGAGAAUUCUGACUCAGCCCAGGAAGAUGACUAUGAUGAUGAUUUUGAAGAUUAUAUGGAAGGGGACCUUGAUAACCUGUUGGCAUCUGCUAAGGAAGCUAACGAACUCCCAGCAGGAAGUGAUGAGAUGAUUGUAGAUGAACAUGGAGAUGGAUCAUCAUCCUGCAGACAUUUUAUUAGAGAGCACUGCAUGCAGGCUUUGGGCAAAAACAAAUUUGAGGAAGUCAAGAAUUUCUGUGAAAUGGAAGGCAUAGAUGAGGAGGGAUUUGGGCCAAAAUUUGAACACAUUGUGGGAUCAAAUCACAUGGAAACCUGCUACUUACUCAGUGAGAUAUUAGCAGAUAAAUAGACAUCAACAUCUGAGUAAUGACCUGGAGAGGGUUAUUGCUCUUGGCAAUACUUAGGUGAAAAUCUGUGAUGGGAAGGUAUAAUAGGGCAAAUGUCAGUAUGGAUUUCAUGGUUACUGAGUUUUUUAAACUUCACUUGACUCUACCAUCCAGACAAGAAAAACUGUGAGUUAAAUGAAGUGAUAAGACUAAGAAAAAACACAACAAGUGCAAACCAGAAUCAGGGUAGCUAAAGAAUAUGCCUUACCAUAUAUAUGACAGAUCUGAUGAAUAAUCUGGGUUUGCGUUUGUCGUAUGAUCUCAACCUUGAAGGCAGUAGCAGGCAGUAUAAAAUUAUGUAUAUGUGCUGCUGGUAAACCUAACAGAAUAUGCAUUUAUGUAUAUAUUGUUUUAAGAGUUGUUUUGCAUGUAUUUACAUGUACAUUUUCAAAAAGAUACAGAUGUUACUUAAGAAUUAUUACAAAUUGAAGGCACACCCAAGCUCUGGCUACUGCUUAGAUUCUUCAUAGUUUUCCUUGUGACUGAAAUAAAAGUAACAGUAAAUUGCUGCCUGCAACUUGCCAUAUCUGCUAGCACCUACUGGUAUCAAACACGAUAAUAAGUUUAAUGCUGCCUUAUUAAUGGAAUGUACAAAAUUAAUAAUGGUUUUAUGCCUCUAGAUCAUGCUCAUGCAAGAAUAUUCAGUGGAUUUUUGUGAAAACUUAAAUUUCCUCCCUCUUUCAUUUAUACCUCAUGUGCAUUUGUUUUAGCCAAAUAUAAAUUUAGGACAGGGCACACAAUGUAGAUGAUUUUUAAGACAUUUGAUUUACUCCUUAGAAAUUUAUCUUGAAAACUGGUAUUUUAGCACUUGAAAGUAAAUACUCUUUUUCACUGUUCCAAAACCUAGAAGCAUAUGGAUUUAAAAGGGUAGAGCCUGUUAAUUUUAUUCUGAUUAUUUAUUAAAAACAUACUGAGAAGGAUUAACACUGUGAUGAUAUUGUAUUCAUCAGCCUAGGCAUAAUUAUCAUACUGAUAUCUUUAUUUUAUAUAUUUCAAUGUCAAUAUGGAUUCAUAUUACAUGCACCUUGUUUGUACUAAAGGUGAAUUUUUAGGUAAUUUGCAAGUGUUAUCUCGACUUACCCACAUAGUUUGUUAAAGGAGAGAAGUAAAUGAUAAGUGCUUUGCAUAAAGUGAAUAUAUGCACUGGUACACUGUAUACAGAGGUAUUUUACUUAAAUGUGUACUUCUUGUUCUGUAUGAUUUUGUUUUCUUUUUGAAGAUGAAGAUAUUAACAAAAGUAGUUUGUUUAGAGCUGUUUUAUAUUAAAAAUAUGACUGGAGGAAAGUUUUGCGGUGAUGAGAAGAUUGCCUUUUAAAAAAGAAAUCCAAAAUUAAAAAUGAAAAUGUGCUCAAGUAAAGGUUGUAUACAGGCUUUGUUUAUACGUUUCUUACCUGAUCAGCAUGAUCAAUUAUAUAAUGAUUAUUUUAAUUAUGAAGAACAAAUUAUACCUGUGUGAUGACUGACAUAUUAUAGAACUGUAUGUGUAAAUAUACUAUCAUGUAUAUAUUGUGUAUUCUUUUCUGUUACGACUGUAGUUAACCAUGACCUGUCUGAUUAA